CCCAUGAUCUAUAGUAUAUUACUAAGAUAUGAAGAAGAAAGAUCUUCAAUGUGCUUGAUAAUUAAUAUGUGCACGGAACCAUACGAAAUUAUACGAAAAGACACGAGAAUGUGCUUAUAUCAGUCACAAGUGAACGUCUAUUACGACAUCUGCAAUUCCGACUUGUUCUUUAGUCAAUCUUUUGCAAUUGCAUGACGCGGGUCAUGUGUACCUAAGAUAUUUUUAAGUUUUUUCGUUUAAAAUUCUGUUUAAAGACAUUUUUUUAAUGUGAUUAACGACUCGUACAUAUUAUUCUAUUUGAAGAUUUAAAUUUACUUAAGAUGGACACUGUUCAUGACCCAUAUUUGAGACACUUGUUUGAUGGCGAUCCGAUAUUCAAUGUUUAUAAUCAAGAAGCUGUAAAUUUAUCAGUUGGAGCACCUGGUCCUGACUUAUUAAAACAUUGUGCAGAAGUACUGAAUAAAUCCACACAACACAGAUUGGAAGAAGAAGAAAAGGAAGGAAAAUAUUAUCUCUUUCAAUAUGGCAUCACAGCGGGGCUUUGGGAAUGUCGCGAUGAAUUGGCAAAGUUCUUGAGCAAACGAUAUGGCAGUUCUGUAAUGAGAGAAAAUUUGAUAUUAACCUGCGGAGCAUCACACGGUCUUCAAUUAUUGUUGAAUACCAUACUCUCACCAAAUGGUAUUAUCUUUGUGGAGAAAGUUACUUAUAUGAUUGCUCUCGAAGCUUUUAAACAAUUUCCUUUAAUAAAAAUUGUUACAGUACCGAUGAAGGAUGACACAGUAGAUUUGGAUGCAUUUGAAACAAUAAUAAUUAAAGAAAAGUCCAAAGGCAACUUUUUUCUGAAUGAUCAAAAAAUAUUCUGGGCAAUGUUCUAUACGAUACCAAUUUUUCAUAAUCCAACUGGAAUGACAUUGUCGCCUGAUCAGUGUAAACGUUUAGUGAAAAUUGCACGAAAUAAUUCCAUAGUAAUAGCCUGCGAUGAUGUGUAUAAUUUGCUUUAUUAUGGACAAGGAUUUCCGCCAAGUCGAUUAUUUUCAUAUGAUGAUCCGAAAGAUUCAGACUAUAAAGGAGGAAACAUUGUAUCAAACUGCUCAUUUUCUAAAAUCUUUUCACCAGCGAUUCGUUUUGGAUGGAUUGAAUGCAGUCCUCGUAUUGUGAAUGUUGUGAGGACGUCAGGCAUAAUGUGCAGCGGUGGAGGAGUUAAUCAUUAUGUUUCUGGAGUAAUCGCAAGUAUGCUUCAUGAGAAUCUCGAGGAUCAGUAUCUUGAUAAAAUCAUAAAGAUCUAUAAGGUGUGUUAUAUCAGCUCUAUAUCAAUAAAUAUUUUUAUUAAUAUUAAUAUUUUUAUUUCGAAAAAAUCAUCAUUUAUAUAUGAUAAGCUCUUUAAAGAUUUGGAUGCUACAAAAUUUAUCAAAUGGUGUCAAAAAGAAUACAAAGUAUCAGCGAUACCAGGUGCUCGAUUUUCAUAUACAGGUGAAGCAAAAAAUUUUUUACGUAUAAGUAUAGGCUUUCACACAAAAGAAGUUUUAAAGACUGCGACGCAAACUUUAUGCAAGGCACUUUUAACAUAUAUUAGACAACAAGGUGAUUGUAUAAAAGAUACAGCUCUUGCUUGAUUACAAGAGUGAUUAGUUUUCUAACUGAAUCAAUGCUUAAAAACAGACCAAGAAAUAUAUAAGAUAUAUUAUUCAGAUACUAUAUUUAGAGAUUCAGAUACUAUAUUAUUUAGAUACUAUAAACAA